AUGGCUACACCUACCUCACCCCAAAGCUCCCAGCUGCCCACCCGCUCGGUCAGCGGAGGCACCGAAGGCGAGGCCGUCCCCGAUGAAGACAGCAGCGAGACGACCAAGCUCUUCCACGAGCGUCUGCAAGCAUGGAAACAUGCCUGUGGAUAUCUCGAGGACUACAUCAAGGCCACGGACAAGAUGCACGAGCACAACAGCAAAGAGUACGAGAAGGUGCUCAAGACGGUCAACAGCCCGCUGAAGGAGGGCCACCACUUCCACCAGCAGAAUGGCGGCAUUGCGGGCAUGUUUGAGAACAUCCGUACGAACACGCAGGGUCUCGCGAACAGCCACACCGAGACUGCGAAGACGCUGAAGGGGUCGGUGUUGCCGACUUUCGAGCGUCUGCACGGCGAGAUCAAGAACAAGACCAAGGAGCUCGACAAGGGCGCCGGCAAGGGCUCGAAGCUUGUGGAUAAGGCCCGCAAUGCCUCGCAGAAGCAGAUUGAGCAGUUGGGUACCCAGACCUCAGCAUUCGACUCUCGCGGCGGCAACGUCAAGGCCGCAGACGACCCUUACAUCCUGCAGCGUCGUGUGUACCACCACCUCAACAAGCAGGUCAUCGAAGAGAACAACAGCCGCGACGACAUGAUCGCCGUCCAGAACAACUUCGCCCAGUUCGAAGCACACGUCAUCCAGGUCAUGCAGCAAGGCCUGCAGCAAUUCACGCAAAUCGUCAGCAACCAAGCCGAGUCGACCCGCAGCAUGUACGGCGACAUGGCCGCCACCGGCUCCCGCGUCACGCCCAACUUCGAAUGGGACGGAUUCGUGCAGCGCAACAGCCACAUCAUGAUCGACCCGUCCUCACCGAAACGCAGCGUCGAGCACAUCAACUUCCCCAACCAAGACCACCACUCCACCCGCCCCAUGAUCGCCGGGUCCUUGGAGCGCAAAUCCGGCAUGCUCAAGCGCGACAGCGCCGGCUACUACGUCGUCACGCCGAGCAAGUACCUGCACGAGUUCAAAUCCGACGAUGACUUCGCCAAGGACCCGGCGCCGGAGAAUAGCCUCUACCUCCCCGACUGCAUGAUCGGCGCCGUCGACGGGGUGAAGUUCAACGUUAAAGGCAAGGACUCGAGCAAAGGCGCGCUGUCCAAGAUGUCGAUGGCGCACGAGUACCAUUUCAAAGCGCACACGACUGAGGAUGCGCGGAAGUGGCACGAUGUGAUCUCGAGUGUGUCCGGUGGUGUGUCCGGCAGCGCGCCGACGAGUCCGGUCAGUUCCGGGGAGAAGACAAAUACGGGGUUUAGUUCGAUGAGCGAGGGGUCGACUGCUGGGGGUGCGACGACGGCGGGCGGGGGCGAGGCGGUCCCUGCGACGUCGACGAGCCAGACGACGGGGACGACGGAGGGGGGUGUGGAGGAGGGGGUGGAGAAGAGGGAUGGGGCUGCUGGGCCGCCGCAGUACUGA